CCACGGCCCCACGGCCCGUGUCGUGCUCCAGGUGCUGAGCGGAGGCUGUCCCCGGCGGGGAAGCGGCGGCCCCGCGGCCAUGUCCACCUUCCGGCAGGAGAGCGUGGAGGAGUUCUACGAGGGGGGGGGGGAAGGGGGCGGCGGCGGCCAGUUUGCCAUCGUGCGGAAGUGUCGGGAGAGGAAAACGGGCCUGGAGUACGCGGCCAAGUUCAUCAAGAAGCGGCGGCUCUCAUCCAGCCGGCGCGGCGUGAGCCGGGAGGAGAUCGAGAGGGAGGUGGACAUCCUGCGGGAGAUCCAGCACCCCAACAUCAUCACGCUGCACGACAUCUUUGAGAACAAAACGGACGUGGUGCUGAUCCUGGAGCUGGUCUCGGGGGGCGAGCUCUUUGACUUCCUGGCCGAGAAGGAGUCCCUGACGGAGGAGGAGGCCACCCAGUUCCUCAAGCAGAUCCUGGACGGGGUGCACUACCUGCACUCCAAGCGCAUCGCCCAUUUUGACUUGAAGCCGGAGAACAUCAUGCUGCUGGACAAGAACGUGCCAAACCCUCGCAUCAAACUCAUCGACUUUGGGAUCGCCCACAAGAUCGAAGCUGGGAACGAGUUCAAGAACAUCUUUGGGACCCCGGAGUUUGUGGCUCCGGAAAUUGUGAACUACGAACCCCUGGGGCUGGAGGCGGACAUGUGGAGCAUUGGUGUCAUCACGUACAUCCUGUUGAGCGGGGCCUCUCCCUUCCUGGGGGAGACGAAGCAGGAGACCUUGACCAACAUAUCGGCUGUCAACUACGACUUCGACGAGGAGUAUUUCAGCAACACCAGCGAGCUGGCCAAGGACUUCAUCCGACGCCUGCUUGUCAAGGACCCCAAGAAGCGGAUGACGAUAGCUCAAAGCCUGGAGCACCCGUGGAUUAAGGUGAUCAAGAGGAGGAACGUCCGCAAUGAGGACAACGGCAAGAAGCCCGAGCGCCGCCGGCUGAAGACGACGCGCCUGAAGGAGUACACCAUCAAAUCGCACUCCAGCAUGCCGCCCAACAACACCUACAUCAACUUCGAGCGCUUCUCCAAGGUCAUGGAGGAGGUGGCUGCGGCCGAGGAGAGCCUCCGAGAGCUGGAGAGGAACAAGAAGUCCUUCCAGGAGGACAUCGAGGCUCUGCUGUCCAUCUACGAGGAGAAGGAGUCGUGGUACAAGGAGGAGAACGAGAGCAUCAGCCAGGACCUCCGCCAGAUCCGGCAGGAGCUGCAGAAGACGGAGGCGCUGAAGAAGCAGACGCAGGAGGAGACCAGGAGCGUGCUGCAGGCGGCCAACGGCCUCAAGAGGCGCUACCGAAAGCUGGAGAACCACUACGAGGCGCUGGCCAAGCAGGUGGCCUCCGAGAUGAAGUUCGUGCAGGAGCUGGUGUGGUCCAUCGAGCGCGAGAAGCUGCAGAGCGGCGAGGGGGACGGCAGCAUCCGCUAGCCCGCCCCGGCGCUGGCGGGUCGAGGGGAGCCCGCGGGGAGGGCUGCAGCCCCCCGCAGCCGAGCUUUGCUUGUUUGCCCGGAGUAGCAGCAGAUUGCAGCAGCUUUUAGCGUAGGAGCGAGGCUCCCGGAGGAGCCUCUCAGCCUGGCUGCCCCCGGGGGGUUUGGCGUCCCUCCAUCGUCCCCGCGCAGGAGGCGGCGCUGAAGGAACCUCGGUGGCUCUGCCCCUUGCUUGCCAAAGGAGCCGAUCCAGUGAGAGCCUUCGGUAACUGUCCCUGAUGUCUCUUAGCUUCACUUUUUUCCCCCCCUUUUUCCCAGCGGCUGCCUGGACCCGGGUCUGUUCCCGCUCAGACGUCGGGCGGCGAUGGGGGACUUGUGGGACCAUAGCAAAGGGAUCCCGAGCGGGCUCUGACAGACUGCUGGGUUGGCAUGUGGGCAGCUUGCGCGUGCCGGGAGACCCUGCCCCAGGGGGGCUCGAGGCUCCCGGCUUGUACUCGCCUGGCUUUUGGCUUUCUGUCUGCAGCUCUCGCUUCGCUUGCUGUCUACAUGCUCCCCGUGCUUGAGCUGGGUGCUCCCCAUGCUCCGUUGCUGCUGGAGCUGGGGACCACUCCUCACCUCCGCAGCCCUGGGACUCCCUGGGCUCCAGCCUGUGUCUUCUCGGAGCCCCGAGCCCUCGGGGCUCCUUCUCUCCGUGCCUCCAGAGGCUGCUGUUGCCUCUUUGCUUUGCUUUCCUGGGUGCUGGGCACCAGAUCGGCCCGUGGAGGUGGCGAGCUCCUCACGGGGCCUUUGUCUGGCCGUGGGGCUGUGCUCCCCUCCGGCACCGAGCUCGUCCUUGUCCCCGUCCUCCCCUUGGUCCCUCGGGAGCCAUGGCAUUGCCCUGAGCUGUUGGGGUCUUUUUGGGGUGGCGUCAGAGCUCUCUCAGCAGCUCGUGCUUGGCAACCCCCAUCCGCUGGUGCUUGCUCUUCCGCCCUGGGGUCUCCGGCUCUGUCCUCAGCGCUCAGAGGCUCGUGCUUUGUCCAAGCAUGGGGGGAAUUGGCCGACCUCUGCUUGGGUCGGUCGCUUCCCCCCUUUCUUGUGCCUUUUCCCAAGACCUCCGUGGCCUGGGCUGGCCUGCGCGGGCCCCCGAGAUGCCGGGAAGGUUCCUGGCUCCACGUGGCCUUCUCGCGUGUUCCUUUGCUCCUGGCAGCGUCUGGUGCGACCCUCACCCGGGGGCUGCAGUGCCAGGAGGGAAAAACAUCAGAAAAGUGGCUUUUCCCAGAUUUUGUUCCCAUUCAUCACUGCUCCUCGGUGGGAGGCAGGACCUGGGCUGCUUGCAGCUCACUCAGCUUUUGAAUCUGGACACAGGACAGCAUCCUCCGUCCCCUUUUAUCAAAAUAAAAGUUUCUGUACCCUG